GGGAGACAGCCUAGCCACGUCCUAGUUGACUCGUCAUGUGAGAUCAGUGCAACUGCGCAGUAGAGUGAUUUCCCAGACCGCCAAAAACUGCACGGUAGACUUUUCCGCUGGAGUAAAUGAGCUCAUUAAUCUAGCUCUUUAAGUUUCUUGUGAAAUAAAUCUUUGGGAACAUAUUGGAAGUGACCUCAUCUCUGCACUUUCAGUUUCAGUCAUCAUAGCAAUCAGUACUAAUAGGGAAACACUUGGAGACAUGAACUUUGAAGGAGAUGGUGAUGCAGUACAUCAGCUUCCUAGUAAACCGCUGUCUAAGAAGAAUAUCUUUCUGCCUUUCAAUAUGACUGCAGCUCUGUUUCCAGAAAAGAUAACUCCUUUCGUAGGUGCUUGUCGACCGUUUAUGGGGCGUUGCUGUGAAGUGUGUACUCCAGACAGUUGGGGUUUGUUUGAAACGAAAGUGCAGUCUUUGAGAUUUCACAAUAUCAUCCACGUGACAGAAAACAGUACAAGAUAUAGAGGGUGGCUUGUUCGACGUGUUUGCCAUUUACUUUUUGUAUGGGGUCUGAAAGUUCAUCCCUAUAAUUCUGAGAAUAUCACAGAAUGUGUUUUGAACACCGCAAGAGUUCGGAAUGUUUUGUCUUCUGGAGGACCAAACAGUGAAAACUGCAGCAUCAGUAAAAUCUUAAGUAGUCAGAGGGAAGCUGUGGCGAAGAUUCUGACUCGGAUAAAAUCUUCCAUUUUACCUUUAAUACUAAGACUGGUCAGUUUUACACUGCUGAAGGUCUUUCGCUGUGUAUUUCUAAAUAUUCAGGUUCAUCUUGGACAAGUGGAGAUGGUGCGGAGAGCUCCUCAGAUGUACAAAUCUUCAGUGGUUUACCUUUCUAUUCACAAGUCUUGCUUGGAUUACCUUCUCCUUCCCUUUGUCCUGUUUUGUAAUGGUCUCAGAGUACCGUAUUUUGCAGCUGGUGGUGACCUCAGAACCUCUACUUUCAGGUUUAUUUUGCAGAAGCUUGGUGGGAUCUUUUUGCCUCAGAGAUGCACAGAUUCUGCAGGGAGAUGCAUAGAUCCCAUCACCAGGACUGUUCUUACCUCGGUAAGUGUGAAAUUACUUCAGGACAACUGCUUAACAUAG